CCCCGACUUUGAUUUGCAGUGCCGGCCGGCCGGCCACUUCAGUGAUCCAGGGCCUGGAAUUACGCCACGACGCUAGACAGAAAGCGCAACGUCCGUCUCGGAAAACGUGCCCUUUGCAAAGACGAGGUUUUUUGUUUUUUUUGUGAUUUUUCUUGUCCUUAUUUCCAAACGUCUUCCCAUAUGAACUAAAGUCAACUCGGGAAUCAAUAAAAUCGCCCAAGAUGCCGGAACCCGUCGCGGCAGCAGGCGCUGAGCCUGCUCGCCAGGAGGAGCAAGGCCAAUCGAUGCUCAUGAAAAUAUUCCAAGGUCUUGCGAUGUGGAUGGCCAUGCAGUUUGUUAUGAAGCAGUUCACAGGAGGCGGCCGAAAGACCACGUCUGUCACCAACGCCGACGGACAGGUAGUCCAAGUCGCAACUGGUGCCAUACCACCAUACCAUGAGCGCCCACGACAGCUGAAUGAUGGAGCUGUCUACAGCCAUAUUCCCCAAUCCAUCGCCCCAAUCUGGCCAGAUAACAGCGCCGUCGAUAUCAUCGUUACCGUUUCCCCGUCAUUCGUUGCUGAGCCUCUCGACAAGCUACCCAAGGACACCAUUGUCUUUCAGGAGAAGGGGUUCAGGAUUGGAAACUGGAGCGACACAAGAGUUGCCGAGGGAACUAUCAAUGUGCCAGUUCCUGUUCAGAAAAAUGGCACUCUCUGGGGACACUUUUACAUUGGAUUGCCCGGCGCCCCUCUCGAUCCGACUCGGCGCAAUUACGAUCCUGGUGCUGCUUAUCACUUUGUUCACCCUCUGACGCAGUACAUCCCCAAGAAGAAGGAGUCCAAGACGAGGAACUUGCUAUCCGACAAUGCCGAGGUGGAGGAAGUCGUGGUGGAGGAUGAACCCGAGCAGGCUGGCCCGAUUGUCGCCAACUACUACCACCCCAACGUGUCGCUGUCCUUCAUCCCGGGUAGCGGCACGUUUUCGUUUCCUCAGGCUCAUCCAGCUAUUCGCCAGUAUGUCCGUCUCGAGGCAACAGGUGCCCGUGACGGAACUGGCCAGAAUGGAUGGUACUACCCCAUCCUCUUCGUCAACACCUUCUGGCAGCUCAAGUCCAAGAUGACCAUCGUGAACGAGACCGUGACCACUUUGCCCAUCCGCAUUGACCUCAAUAACCUGGCCGACUGGAAGUUCAAGCUCAUGGCCCCCAUUGAGACGAACAGCAAGGAACAAGCUCGCCAGGCGGCCUGGGGAGGCGGCAUGUCAGCCGGUGGUGGCGACGGCAGCGAGAUCGAGAUGGUCAAGGAGAUCUUCAUGGACACCAACCCCAUCCUCCUCUGCGUCACCAUCAUCGUCAGCAUCGCGCACAUGAUCCUCGAGACUUUGGCUUUCGGCUCUGAUAUCGCCCAUUACCGCAAGAAGAAGGACAAUGUUGGUAUUUCCGUCAGAUCCAUCCUCGCCAACGUCUUCAUGCAAACCGUCAUUUUCCUCUACUUGAUCGACCAAUCCCAAAACACCUCCUGGAUGAUCCUCGGCGGCCAAGGCGUUGGCAUCCUGAUCGAACUCUGGAAAAUCACCACCGUCGUCAACGUCCGCAUCCGCGCCUCCCCCAACUCCCUCAUCCCUUACCACAUCUCCUUUGAAGACAAGCACAAGCUCAGCACCACGGAGCAAAAGACUAAAGAGUACGACGAGAUCGCCUUCAAGUACAUGUACAUGGCCGGCGUGCCUCUCCUCCUCGCCUACGCGGUUUAUUCCCUGGUGUAUGAAACCCACAAGUCGUGGUACAGCUACAUCAUCGCCACGCUUGUCGGUUCGGUCUACGCCUAUGGGUUCUUGAUGAUGCUGCCGAGCUUGUAUAUCAACUACAGACUGAAAAGCGUGGCGCACAUGCCGGGCAAGGCGAUGAUGUACAAGUUUUUGAACACGUUUAUUGAUGACUUGUUUGCGUUUACGAUCAAGAUGCCGUUUCUGCAUCGGUUGGCGACCUUGAGGGAUGAUGUGAUUUUCUUUAUUUAUAUUUAUCAGAGGUGGGUGUACAAGGUUGAUUAUACCAGGGUCAACGAGUUUGGUCAGGGGGGUGAUGAUGAUGAUGAGGAGGAGAAGAAGGAAGGGGAGGGUGUGGAGGAGUCGAAGGAGGAGAAGGAGGAGGCGGUUAAAGUGACGGGGGCUGAGAAGAAGGGGAAGGCGACCAAGAGGAAAUGAGGUUGUUGCCAUGGGAGUGGGAGGCUGCUGGUGUGUAAUUACGUAGAUUUUAGCAUUACAUGAAUUCAUGUCAAAACAUGGGCA